AAGAAAUUAAACGUUUAAGCAAAUAUAAACGUUUGUUUAAACAAAGGUUUUUCCCCAAAAUAUGCAUGAACCCUAAAUCGCAAAUCGCUAAUCUAUGAUUCUUCGCUCUAUUUUUUCUACCUAAUUCUUCGCUCUAAUUCUUCACUCCUAAUCCUUGCUCUUAAGGUUCAGAUUCAUUGCUCGAAGUCGGUCAGAUUGCAAGUCAGAUUUCGCUCCAAAUCAUUGCUCGAAGUCGCUCUAAUUGUGUCGCAAAAUUUUGAAUGGAUAAUGAUAGAAGUUGGAUGCAUGUUCAAGGGUUGAAAGGUAGGCUUCAACCAAGUUACCGAAAUGGUGUUAAAUACUUUCUUGAUUUUGCUUUCAAGGACACUAACCCUAAUUCUGGGGAUAAGAAGAGGUGUUCUUGUUUGAAUUGUCGAAAUUACUUUGACCAUGACCGAUCGACAAUGCGUGUUCAUCUUUUUCGAGUGGGAAUAGACCCUGAUUACAAUCCAUGGGUAUUCCAUGGAGAGGAACAAUCCCUUGACAUCGGUGAGAUGGAGAUGUCCGAGGAGGAAGGUGAUGAGUUAUAUGAUGAAGAUCCUCUUGUGUCAGAAGAGAUGACUUCUUUGGUACAUGAUGCGACAAAUGUAGUGCGGGAGGAGCACGAUGGGGAUGAAGGGGGUGGAGAUUGUUCUGAGAUUCCCGAUAAGUUUUAUAAAUUGAUGAAAGAUGCAGAAGAAGAGCUAUUUUCGGGUUGUAAAACAUUUUCAAGGCUUGAAUUCAUUGUAACUCUCUUACACCUUAAGGUUAGUGGGGGUUGGAGUGAGAAAUCAUUUAGUGGGCUCCUAAGUGCAUUACAAAAGGCCUUUAAUUAUGACCCAAACUUUCCAAAAAGCUCUUAUGAAGCCAAGAAGUACACAAGAGACCUUGGGUUGAAUUAUGUGAAGAUUCAUGCUUGUGUCAAUCAUUGCAUACUUUAUAGAAAAGAGUAUGAAAAUGCUGAUUCAUGCCCUAUUUGUGAGGAGUCAAGAUGGAAGGAAGGUAGCAGUGAAUUUGAUGAUAGUGUUACCUUCUCGGAAUCUCAAGGGGCCUCACAAAGAAUGCCUAAGGUACCUCGUAUGGUUCUACGCCAUUUUCCUUUAGUGCCAAGGCUUCAAAGGCUUUUCAUGUCAUCGAAAAUUGCAAAGCACAUGCGAUGGCAUAAAGAGAGGCAACAACUUGAUGACAACAUAUUAAGACACCCAUCCGAUUCAAUGGCAUGGAAGAAGCUUGAUGAAUCAUUUCCAGAGUUUUCAAUCGAUCCACGUAAUGUGAGAUUAGGUCUUUCGACUGAUGGUUUCAAUCCCGGUGGACAUUUUGGCGCUAAUUACAGCAUUUGGCCAGUGUUUUUGGUGCCAUACAAUCUUCCACCAUGGAUGUGCAUGACAAGUCCAUACAUCAUGUUGUCACUCCUAAUUCCUGGUCCCAAGUCUCCUGGAAUGGAUAUUGAUGUGUUCUUAGAACCAUUGAUUGAUGAACUUCAAGAAUUAUGGGAAGUUGGGGUGAAAACUUAUGAUUCACAUAGUCGCCAAAACUUUACAAUGAAGGCAGCCCUAUUGUGGACAAUGAGUGAUUUUCCUGCUUAUGGAAAUUUGUGUGGUUGGAGUACUUGUGGUAAACUUGCUUGUCCAUCAUGUCACAUAGAUACCUCACACAAGAGAUUGAAGCUUGGAAAGAAAGAAUUCUUUGAUGCUAAUCGUAGAUUCUUGGAUCCCGAUCAUAGAUGGAGAAUGGAUAGAAAAUCAUUCAAUGGAGAAACAGAAAGACGACCACCUCCUAUCCCUUUGUCGGGGGAUGAGAUAGUAGAAGCCUUUGAUGGUGUUCCGAAUGUGAUAUUUGGGAAGAAGAGAAAGAGAACCAAAAGAUACUUGUUUGGCCAAUGGAAGAAGUUUAGUACCUUCUUUAGACUCCCUUAUUGGAGUAAGCUUUUGGUAAGGCAUAACUUAGAUGUGAUGCAUAUUGAAAAAAAUAUUUGUGAUAGUAUCUUAGCAACUGUACUUGAUAUUCCUAAUAAGACAAAGGACACUUUGAACGUACGAAAGGAUUUGUUGAAGUUGAACAUGCAUGAGAAGUUGAGACCUAUCAAGAUAGGUGAUAAAUAUGCCAUUCCUAGAGCUCCUUAUCAAUUGACAUUGCGUGUAGAGUAUCGGAGUGGUUGUCUAAGGUUAAAGUGCCAGAUGGUUACUCUUCUAACAUAGCUCAAUGUGCAAGUGUAGAAGAUGGAAAAAUCUCGAACAUGAAGAGCCAUGAUUGUCAUGUUUUUAUGCAAGAUUUGCUUACACCGGCAUUUCAAGGCAUUUUGCCUAAGCAAGUGUUAGAACCUUUGGUUAAGCUAAGCUUGUUUUUUAAGCAAUUGUGCUCCAAAACUCUAAAAAUUGAUGUGUUGGAGCGAUUGGAAAAGAGUAUUGCAAUAACUCUUUGUAAGCUUGAAAAGGUGUUUGUUCCAUCGUUCUUUGAUAUUAUGGUUCACCUCCCAAUCCACUUGGCUACUGAGGCCAAGCUUGCUGGGCCAGUGCAAUAUCGUUGGCAAUAUCAAUUUGAAAGGGAAAUGUACAUUAAUAUGUGAUUUGAAAGAAUGAAGGCCGACUAUUUUUCAAAUCGCAAAUCUUUAUUAGAGGCGGAGCAUGCUUGCCCACCUUCAAUAAAACUUGAACAAUGGAAGUGGCUUGUUUAUAACUAUUGGAGCUCUCCUAAACAAAAGGAGCGAGAAGAAUCGGGCAAAUGCUCUUGCAAAGAACAUCAAGUCGGCAUGUGGUGCGAAAUCAACAGCUCGCAUAAUUUAUGAAUUGGAACUUGAGGCGCAAGCUUGUGAAAAUGAGAAUGAGGUCACCGAAAUUAAUGGUUCUAGUUCAAACGUCACCUCAUCCCAAGCUAAAGAUGAUCCCAUGUAUUUAAAGUUAUGGGAGAAGUCAAAGAGGCAUAAAAAUGGGAAGUUUGACGAUGAGGCCGAGGAGAAGUUCAAGGAAUUAAAGGAGUUGCAUGAGAAGGAAAUUGGUGAAAAGGGGGUUGAUAAUCUUACUCUUGAAGAAGCUUAUGUGAAGGUUCUUGGACAUCGUUCAGGUUAUGCCCGAGGUUUAGGCAAAGGGCACCCGGUGUCAUCUAAAGAUGGAAAGAUAGGAAGAGCUGAGCUGGAACAAAAUGUUGAAAAACUACAAAAUGAAAAUAAUAUUAUGCGAGCUGAAUUGGAAGCGUCUAAGAAGAAACAAGAAGACCUAGAACAAAAGCUUCGGUUAAUCAUGGAGAAGAUUGGCCUUGAUGCUUGAUAAAGUUAGGGGAUCAAGUCAGUGUGCUGAUGUUUUAGGGAUGGAGGACACCAAAGGCUGGUUGCAUUUCUUGGAUGGAAAAAGGGGAUGCUUGAAGAUGCAAGGAUGAAAAGAUGUCCUAGAAUUAUUAAAUAAUUGCUUUUUGGAAAACUUGGUUAAUACUUUUGUAUAUAUAAUGACAAAAUUAGAAUAUAUAAUGACAAAAUUAGAAUUUAUAUUAACUAAAUGUCCUAGAAUUAUUAAAUACUUUCGUUUUUUUUUUUGAGGCAAUUAAAUACUUUUGUUAA